CCGACCAACGAAGGCUCCCCCAAAGCUCAGAGGGUUGACGCAGUUCACAAUCUAGAGCAUAAUUUAGUUAGCAUACAACUGUCGAUGCAAUGAAUUUUUGCUUGAACCCGGUACCCGGACAAAACGAAACUUACUACCAGUAGAGACGAAGAUAUCGCCCCAAAGGGAUAGUGUAGAGGGAUCCGAAGCUCCGGUGUGUCCCGGUCGUCGCGCGUGGUUGCCCGCGUCAAUCGAUUGGCUGCCCGUUUUUUCAUUCUUGUCUCCGGAAAAUUUCAGACUCGACCGUUCAGUGGAGUACGGACCGUUUGUAUGGAAAAAUGAAUGAAUAACACCAAACAAAGAGGUCCAGCAUGACGUUUAUAUCGACUUGUUGUGGGAAAAGUUUUCCUUGUAGUAAUUUCAGGGGCUAGACGAAGGGUCAAAACAAAGUCUCCUAAUGUCCAGAAGAGGAUAAUAGAGGCUCAUGGUGUGACAGUGUGACUCACGUAGCAGAAAACUAAUUCGAAGCAUUGUGAAGACAAAGUUAACCGAACCGUACGGUUUGUAAGGCAGUACGUCGUCUUGGUUUGGCUCAGUUCUGCAGCGAGUGUACAACGAAGCCAAAGAAUAAAAAAGACCCAGGAGUGCAUUCUGAAUGCAGUAUAAUUAAUUAUUAAAUUCUCUUUGUAAGGCUUGCCAGCCCCGUUUCCCAAAGGAAGGCACCACUUAACCGGUGAAAGUGUACCACGUAGUAGGAGCACCAGACUGUGAUAGCGACAAGGCACUAACAGCACCAGAAACAACAACGACGACGAUGACGACGACCCACUGCACUUAAACGAUAGCGCUCCUUUAAACGGAACUGUGUAACGAGAGACCACAUGUGCGUGUUUGUUCGGAGGGGGGCUAUGUGUGUGUGAAUGUAGGUUGUGUUUAUCAUACUGAAACCAUCCUCAAGGCUAACGAAGGUGGAUCCCAGGGAGGAAUGCUCAUUGGAAGGAGGAAGCUAAUUGCUAUUUCCCCACCGACGACUCUCCCAAAGUGUAGUGUGGUGACAACGUCCUGAAGGAAAUCGAUUGUUUUCCUGGUUCAUUAUGCUGAUUGUCUGACAAGAUUGAUCAGAAGGAAGGAGAAGAUACGCAUCGUAUUCUGGGUAGAAAUAGCAUGCCAGAGGUGUUCGAGCGCAAUUGGCUAUGAGGUGAAUGAAAACAUAGUGCUCAGUUCACGGUGAUAUUAUCAGAGGUGGUUUGAAGAGCUUCAGUGAUCAGUGUGAAAUUAUAAGAAUUUGUUAUUCGUUCAUUAAUAUAAGGAACGUUCAUAGAGUGGAAUAAGAUCUUGUUAAAUACAAUUAAGUUCAAAGAAAGAAACCGGACGUCAUUGUUUAAACCUUUAGGUUUACUUACAGCAAUUUUAAGCCAAAUUUACCAUGCAUCCGGUCACGAGAACAAUGCGAAACAUGAACCAUUCCAACCCUCACAGCUGGACAGUGCUCAUUCGUCCAUCCUCGAGAUCAUUAGCAACGUAAACGAACUGUUCACUUAUUCUCUAUCCGGAGAAAUUUCCGCUCUCCACUGCUGGGUAAAUGAUCCAUUUUCAACCCAAAUACAAGCCAAUUAAGUACGCGUAACAUGAGCCAAAUGAAAGAGCUAAACUUAAUCAGUUCCGAAAAUUGUCGUUCGGAAGAAAAAUCUUGUCGCAGCCAACGGUGGAGCAAACGAAGGCGACGACGGCGGAAGUGCUUUCCGCUGUCAAUCUAUUGUACCGUGCCAUAUCGUUUUUUCUAUCUGUUUCUGCUGCUCCGGAUGACGGUGGAGGCUGCCAAAAAUCCUUCGAGCAGGACAGUAGAAAGUGUACCGCAGUUAUUUGCAAUGGAACCCCAGGAUCAGACGGCCGUCGUUGGAUCACGAGUAACGUUGCCAUGCCGAGUAAUUAAUAAGUCUGGACAGUUGCAGUGGACGAAGGAUGACUUUGGUCUGGGAACCCACCGGAAUCUGAGCGGAUUCGAGCGGUACUCGAUGGUUGGAAGUGACGAGGAAGGAGAUUUUUCCUUGGAUAUUUUUCCAGUUAUGCUUGACGAUGAUGCUAAAUACCAGUGUCAGGUUGGUCCAGGAAAAUCAGGUAAUAAUGCGCCUGGAAUCCGAUCUCGUUUUGCAACGCUGAUGGUGCUUGUUCCUCCGGAAAAACCCAAUAUUGUACAGGGAGACUUUAUGGUUACAACAGAAGACCGGGAAAUUGAACUUGAAUGUGUUUCCGUUGGAGGAAGACCAGCUGCCGAGAUAACAUGGAUCGAUGGCCUGGGGAACGUUUUAACGAAGGGAAUUGAGUACAUGAAAGAAGCACUACCAGAUGCACGGCGUUUCACGGCCAAAUCCAUUUUGAAACUCACGCCGAAGAAGGAACACCACGAUACCACCUUCACGUGCCAGGCACAGAACACCGCAGACCGAACGUACCGAUCGGCAAAGUUAAAACUGGAGGUUAAGUAUGCUCCGAAAGUAAGCAUUAAGGUAAUUAGCGGCGACAGGAUUGUGGCUGGGACUGACGUUCGCUUUCGAUGUCAUGCCGAUGCCAAUCCUCCAGAGGUAACGUACAAAUGGUACAUCGGUCACGAAAUGGUGAAUGACAACUUUUCCACUGAGCUGGUAAUAUCCAACAUUUCCAAAAAGUUCCACGAUGUCAUUGUGGAAUGUGAAGCACGAAAUGUAGUAGGCAAAAGUGAAGAAAGCGAAACUUUGAACGUAAGCUAUGGACCCACCUUUCGCAGCUUGCCAAAAUCCGUCGAUGCUGACCUAAAUAUGGUAGUGACUUUAUCCUGCGAUAUUGAUAGUAAUCCCGUGGCGGAUAUUGUAUGGGUCCAUGAUGAAUCCGGUCGUGUUAUGUCCACAUCGGCCAACCUGACUAUAGUGGUAACUCACGCAACUGCGGGACGAUACCUUUGCAAAGCUUCGGUUCUUGGAUUUCCAGAGAUAGAAUCGGAAGCUACCGUCUAUCUCAAGGGACCACCUAGCAUCAUCUCACCACGGCAGCAGUUUGGAACUAUUACCGACACAGGUCGGCUUGAAUGCGAGGCAUUUUCCAUCCCACAAGCGAAACAUAUCAUCUGGCUGCACAAUGGUCGCGAAAUUAACACCAGCCACGAGACCGACUACAACAUUGUCGAGAGCCUGCAGCCGGACGGUGUUAAGUCGACGUUAAUCAUCUACAAUAGCCAACGGCAGCACUUUGGUGGCUACAAUUGCACCGUUAUAAACGAGUACGGGAUUGACUUUGUGGAAAUUGAUUUCGUUUCGAAAGAGAAUAUUUUAUUACCAGUCAUCAUUUUCGGCUCCCUCGGUGGCCUGACACUUUUAAUCAUCAUCAUCGUGGUAGCAAUGUGCUUCUGGGGCAGAAAGAACAAAAAGAAGCUUCCACCGGCGGAUGUGAUACCGAAGCAGCACAUUUCCGAAAAGGAUGGCAAAGAGUUGGACCGUCGAACGUCGAACGUUAGUGACCUGAAAAUAGAUCGUGAUAAUGAAUUUAUGGAAACCAGCCUCGGUCCAGACGGGUUGACCACUCAAGUGAAUGUGGUCCUCGGUUCGAGCACAACAAUUGCCAAUCACACCAAAAGCGGUUCAGCACCGGGCGAGGUCACAGGACAGACUUUGAAAAUAUCGAACGACUACCGAUACUCCGGUGAUUUUUCCGACAGCCUGUGUCAGCUUCCAGGUACGGGAUCUGGAAAAAAUAGCAACGGAUACGUGCCAUACGUGGAUUAUACCCGUGACUAUAGCCCACCUGCAACACAUCUGAUGCAAUUCCGAACGAGCACCAGUAGCAGUAAUAUCAGUAAUAGUUUAAGUAGCCACAACCACGUCAGUAGUAACAACAGUGGUCCGAUGACUCUAGGUCGUCAUCGAAAAUCCGAAUUGAGACACGAUAAUGGAUUACCAAGCAUCCAAGGAAGUCUUAGCUCGUUGCCAAAUGGGAUAAUUAAACAACCUAUCCUUCAGGGUCAUCUCACGAUUGACCAUCGAUCCGGUGGAACGUACGGCAAUCCAUUCACUCGUGGAUCGGCCUUCGGUUCGUCGAACAUUCCACCGGCUACAGCCAACCCUGCGGCCACACCAGCACCUCCCCCGUACAACCUUGCUACACGGUCCACCCUUGGUUUCAGUGGAUCUGGAGGAGUGACAGCAGCAUCGUAUGGUUCCGGUUCCAGCCCGGGAGCAACUGCAGCUGGUUCUACCAGCCCAUGCUCGGUACAAUCAGGUUCGUUGUCCUUAUCACAGAAUUCCCAACAAUCCCAACAGCAGCAGCAGCAACCGUUAAUGAAUAGCAGUAGUGUAAGCAGUAAUCCGCAGCAACCAGGAAGUCCAUCCGCAGGUCAAUUCAUUCUUCCGAGUACUGGAACCAUCAAACAACUGGGAGCUCCAGCAACGCAUGUUUGAGUAUGUUAGGCUAAUUGUGUAUAAUAGUACACAACCACGAAUAAUUAUGAAUGUUUAGACUGUCCCGUCAAUUUACCCGUGCUACUAAAUUUAAAACAAUCAAUUCUUUACACAUCUAUAAUAACCGUGAAGUGAAAUUUUGUUUCCACUGUCAACACGUAUGUAAUCCAUUUUCAUGAAAAUCACAAAUGGCAUAUCAUAAAUUUGUUCAACGAAAAUUCGUAAAAUUGCGUGGCCUUAUUAAAUGGUAGAACAUUAUCCACUGCAAACCGAAACCACUGUGGUAAACAUUCCAUUGGCGUCAACCGAAAAGAAUAUUAUUAAUUUGCUCCCGUUUCCACACAUCCACGUGGGGAUAUACUUUUGCAAAAUUAAGUUAACCAAAUUGAAAUUAAAUCUUGAAAACAAUUUAAUUAGAGCUCAUGCCGUGAACAACAAGGGACAGUGAUAAAAAACCCACUGCUUUCCCCAACACGAAAGAUCGACAAACAAGCCAAAAUGCAAUUAAUUUUCAUCGAGAUGAAUUUUUCCCAACAUCGGUGAAAGGAAGAAAAACCACGUUCAAUUCAAAUUUCGCUAGGGGAGGCCAAAACGAGCAGAGAGCAAAACAAGUGCGGUCGAAUUGCAAGUUGCUGGCGGUUGGUGGGGUUGUGGCUGUAAAAAGCAAUUGGCGCUGAAAUAAUCAACCAUUGUGCGGCUAGCGAUUGAAGGAGGAUGGAAAAGUGGUGUGAAGAAUCACAAUGGAUGGAAGCCAAAUUUUAUUCGGAUGGUAAUGUGAUUUCCAAAAGUAUCAAAAGAACGGUUUUAUUUUAAUUCAUAAUUCGACGACUGCAGUGGUCAGCAUCCAUCAACAAACUAGAAUUAAUGCCGGUGUCUAUUUGCAAAAAAAAAUACAUCCACAAUCGUCACAGGCAGCUGUAUGAAUAACGCAAAGAGACACUUGCGAAAGCUGUUCAUAUGGGAAUGAAAGGACUCAUUUAUAAAUUGUUAAAAUUCAAUCAAAAGCCAUUGAGAGCAUUUGCGGAAAAGAUUAAAAUUAUAGGUCAACUGGGAUGCCUGUGCUGGAAAAUUCUGCUGCUUGUUUUUGUUGGACUUGGGGCUCCCGUAAUCCCUUGGUUGGUAAGCUUCCUAUUGAAAUGGACGUUCAGAAUAAGCAGGUCUACUAUCAAGUAAGCAGGUAUUGUGCAAAUGAUUUACACGCGUAUGAUGGAGGUCUACUGGUUGAGUGGCGAAUAUCAGCUAUAUUCAGUGGGUCAGAUGGACAAAUAAUCGUGAAGUGGAGUCUGCUAGUCAUAUGGUAAUGCAUUAUGUCUAGAUCGAGCUGGAAUUAGGGCGUAACAGCUUUUGUAAACAAUGACUUCCCUCGAUGAUUUCUCGGAAGUCAUGGCUCUCCCUGGCAAAUCGACAUCACCAUCGAGUAAAGAAAGACUUCUCUUACUCUACUUCUCCUAAUAUGGAUAUGUUGGUUUGUUUAGGCGUGAUUUGAAUUCCGAGAAAUCAACGAGAGGAGUUAUUGUUAACAAAGGCUGUUACGCCGUAAUUCCAGCUCUAUCUAUAUGUUCCUGAAUAAUUUGACUGUAUUUUGACCUAGUAGAGCUGCGCUGGGGAAAAAUUCGUAGUUGUAUUUGUUUGUGUUUUUUUCAGGCAAUUUGGUAUCACAAUACAUAGGGUGUUUGAUUAUUUGCGAUCUACUAGAAACUUCCAGCACCUCUCUUUUUCGAAUGGGUUUAAACAAAAAAUGAUUUUUUUUUUUUCUAAAAUAUGCCUUCUAAAGCUAUUUACUUUUUUUUGGAAUUUGAUAAAGAGUCACAAAUUGUUGAGAUGUUGUUAAAUAUCUAUCACUCCUUUUUGAUUUCAAUUCCGUCGUACGAGUGUCAAUCCCAACCAAACGCAUUGAAAUUCUAUUGGAUUUUUUUUUUUGUCAUACGGAUGAAGGCAGAUAAAAAUGAUUCGCUUUCGAAUUGACAAUUCGUGAAUUUAACGAGCAGCACUGCUAGUUUAGUACUUGAACUAGCUUUCUGGUAAAAAAAAAUCCCAAAUUUUGUAAUGCCAAAGCAGGGUGGACUGUUCUACUAUUAGUUUUCAUAUUAUGCUCUUCAAUGAGCUUUGUGCUAUAGCAUUUGAACGAACGUAUCGGAACAAACGUAGGGUUUUUGAUCAAAUUUUCAUCCUACUAAACACAACCUGUGCUUCACCGGUAUUUUUCGAACGGAUUUGAUCACGAAAAAUGAAUGACUUCUAAUACUCGAAAAAAAUUGAAACACACAAAAGUGGUAGCCACACAUUAAUUUUAUGUCGGAUUUUAUUCAAACUUUCAAGGAAUAAACUAAAACAUACUUAAUUCCGUAUUUGGAUCUCGGACCAUAACCAAAUGCCCGUGACUUGCCCUUUACACCACUCAUAAGGUUUUGGGCAAUGGUGGG